UCUGUGGCGCACAUGCCGUGAUGUCAGCGCCUGCAUUUUUUAUAACCACAUUUUUUUGCAACUUGCUAGUUCUGUUUUGAGUUCAAUUAUGUAAUUACACUGAUAAUCACAGUGACGGAAUUUAACUGCCUUUAAUUUGUUAUUCAGGUGGAGAUGGAGGGACUGCGGUUGGAGCAGCAGCCAGGGUGUGUUUCUGCUCUGCACAGACAGCAGAGGAAGAGCUGCAGCGGGAAAAUGAAGCCUAAUAAAAUCAAGAGUGUCUGGAUACUUUCUUCUUCUACUUUCACCAAGUGCAUCCCGCGGAGGAUCUAUGACCCCGGAUGACGCCGAUUUAUCUGCUACUUUUAUAUCACCUGAUUUUUUUAAAGUGUUAUAAAACAUCAUUAAGCAGAAACCUGAGCCAACAAUCCUCAUUUGACAUCAGGGCAGAACUGGUUCACCUCCCUCAUUGCUGCCAGGUGUAACUGAGACCUCAAGCCACCCUUCUUCGGACCCAGCCCCAGCGUCGCCAAUCGGCUUCCCUCUUGGAGCGAGUGGACCAAUCAGCGACCGUCUUCGAUGAAUAUUCAUGAGUCCGAGAUUCAAACCUUUGAGCGAGUUUGUCUUGGUCCACAGCAUCAUACCUGGGACUUUUCACAGGCACAAACUACAUUUUCUUAUGAAUGGAAAGAAAAAAAAUCAGUUCGGCUUAAAUUGGGACCCAUCCUUCACUGAGAUCAUAGAAGGAAAACAACAAAAGCGAGACAAGGGGGACCGCGAGAAGAGAUGACAAUGACUACAAUCCCAGAAAGUCUUAAUAGCACUGCCUCAGGAAAAACCGUUUUCAUGGAGUUUGGACCCCCGAGUCAGCAAAUGUCGCCUUCCUCCAUGUCUCACGGACACUAUCCCAUGCACUGUUUACAUUCUGCAGGUCAUAACCAGCACGACAGCUACAGCCCAGCAUCGUCGUUCCCCAGAUCUUUGGGUUAUCCAUACGUCAACUCGGUCGGCAGCCAUUCCACCAGUCCAUAUCUCAGCACAGUACAGAGCUACCAAAACAGCUCGGCGCUCUCACAGACACGGUUAGAGGACGCAGCGCCAGAAACAGAGAAAAACACAGUGGUGGAAGGCGGAGAGGUUCGGUUCAACGGGAAAGGGAAAAAGAUUAGAAAACCAAGGACUAUCUAUUCGAGUUUACAACUUCAAGCUCUGAACAGGAGAUUUCAACAAACGCAAUAUUUGGCGUUACCGGAGCGAGCCGAGCUGGCAGCGUCGCUGGGUCUCACUCAGACACAGGUGAAGAUUUGGUUUCAAAAUAAACGCUCUAAGUUCAAGAAACUGAUGAAGCAAGGCGGUGGAACAAUUGACGCCAACGCGUUGGCCACCGGCCGCGGACUGUCUAGCGGGUCCCCCUCGGUGGCACCUGUCUGGACCUCACCGACCACCGUCAAGACUUCGGUGGGAUCAACCGGAUCUUACAUUCCCAGCUACACCUCGUGGUAUCCCACCACACACCAAGAGUCUAUGCAACAGUCACAGCUCAUGUGAACAAACACCUCAGCCCUCCACUCGGCCCUGGCUCGCGGAUCCGGAUGUUAAAGGAGCCUGUAGCCGCACCGCGCAGCCCGGCAUUGAUACAAACCAAUAACAACAACAACAACAACCCCGGAGUCUACUGCCGCGUGCAGCCAGCUGACAGUGGCCUCCUCAACCCGGAAGGAGCAAAGAGGAAGAAGGGAUUGAAAGACUGAAAGGGCGCGCUAUGCGCCUAAGGGUAACAAUUCCCUGACAGCGAGCGGAAGUCGUAGACAUAUGGGUCCUUUUUUGGCUGCUUUUUAUCACUGUUGUGUCCGUUUCUAUUUUUUUUUUUAAAUAUCUAUUUGUGUGAGUAUUUCUGUUUGUAAGAAAACAUGUGUUUGUUUACUCCAGAUGUCGGGCCUUAGGUGAUUAUAAAAAAUCAAUCUGCAGUCAUUAACAUUUAAAGGUGGAUCAGAUCAAAGAGGGGUUUCUUUAACCAAAUAAUGAAUAAUUCCACCAUCGGGGCAGGAUAUGCUUACAGCACAUUCAACCACGGAGCAGGUUGUGCAACGCCUCAAAUGUUGUUUCUAUGUGUUUGUUAUUUAAUUUAAAUUAUUCGGACAUGUUGAGGUCUGCCUGUGUUCAUUUUGUGCGUGUUUUUCAAACAACAACAACACUGUGUUGUUUCUGCUGCACUAACGCAAGCAAAGCUUUUCUAUGCCGUGCCCCCAUGUUAUGUGAAAACAUUUAAAUGGCCUGACAUUUUGCUGCUUUGGAAAAAAAGAAAUAUGGCGAGGGUGAGCAGCUGAUUUGUCACUGUAUUUUGUACAUAUUUUCCGGAUUUGUUUUUGUGCUGUACUGGAUACGCUGUGAAACAGGGUUUUAGGCUUUCUGUAUUCGUCGAGAUGUGUUUAGUCCACAUAGAAAAUAUUUAGUUUUGU